AUGGGGCCCAGACACCACCCUAGGGGCCACGCCAAGAGGAACCACGGCAAGAGAAACCACGGCAAGACGAUCAAGCUGCCCUGUACGCCAGCCCUCGCAGCCCUGUACGCCAGCCUUCGCAGCCCUGUACGCCAGCCCUCGCAGCCCUGUACGCCAGCCCUCGCAGCCCUGUACGCCAGCCCUCGCAGCCCUGUACGCCAGCCCUCGCAGCCCUGUACGCCAGCCCUCGCUGCCCUGUACGCCAGCCCUCGCUGCCCUGUACGCCAGCCCUCGCUGCCCUGUACGCCAGCCCUCGCAGCCCUGUACGCCAGCCCUCGCUGCCCUGUACGCCAGCCCUCGCAGCCCUGUACGCCAGCCCUCGCUGCCCUGUACGCCAGCCCUCGCAGCCCUGUACGCCAGCCCUCGCAGCCCUGUACGCCAGCCCUCGCAGCCCUGUACGCCAGCCCUCGCAGCCCUGUACGCCAGCCCUCGCAGCCCUGUACGCCAGCCCUCGCUGCCCUGUACGCCAGCCCUCGCAGCCCUGUACGCCAGCCCUCGCAGCCCUGUACGCCAGCCCUCGCAGCCCUGUACGCCAGCCCUCGCAGCCCUGUACGCCAGCCCUCGCUGCCCUGUACGCCAGCCCUCGCUGCCCUGUACGCCAGCCCUCGCUGCCCUGUACGCCAGCCCUCGCUGCCCUGUACGCCAGCCCUCGCUGCCCUGUACGCCAGCCCUCGCAGCCCUGUACGCCAGCCCUCGCAGCCCUGUACGCCAGCCCUCGCAGCCCUGUACGCCAGCCCUCGCAGCCCUGUACGCCAGCCCUCGCAGCCCUGUACGCCAGCCCUCGCUGCCCUGUACGCCAGCCCUCGCUGCCCUGUACGCCAGCCCUCGCUGCCCUGUACGCCAGCCCUCGCAGCCCUGUACGCCAGCCCUCGCUGCCCUGUACGCCAGCCCUCGCAGCCCUGUACGCCAGCCCUCGCUGCCCUGUACGCCAGCCCUCGCAGCCCUGUACGCCAGCCCUCGCUGCCCUGUACGCCAGCCCUCGCAGCCCUGUACGCCAGCCCUCGCUGCCCUGUACGCCAGCCCUCGCUGCCCUGUACGCCAGCCCUCGCAGCCCUGUACGCCAGCCCUCGCAGCCCUGUACGCCAGCCCUCGCAGCCCUGUACGCCAGCCCUCGCUGCCCUGUACGCCAGCCCUCGCAGCCCUGUACGCCAGCCCUCGCAGCCCUGUACGCCAGCCCUCGCAGCCCUGUACGCCAGCCCUCGCUGCCCUGUACGCCAGCCCUCGCAGCCCUGUACGCCAGCCCUCGCUGCCCUGUACGCCAGCCCUCGCAGCCCUGUACGCCAGCCCUCGCUGCCCUGUACGCCAGCCCUCGCUGCCCUGUACGCCAGCCCUCGCAGCCCUGUACGCCAGCCCUCGCAGCCCUGUACGCCAGCCCUCGCAGCCCUGUACGCCAGCCCUCGCUGCCCUGUACGCCAGCCCUCGCAGCCCUGUACGCCAGCCCUCGCUGCCCUGUACGCCAGCCCUCGCUGCCCUGUACGCCAGCCCUCGCUGCCCUGUACGCCAGCCCUCGCAGCCCUGUACGCCAGCCCUCGCUGCCCUGUACGCCAGCCCUCGCAGCCCUGUACGCCAGCCCUCGCAGCCCUGUACGCCAGCCCUCGCAGCCCUGUACGCCAGCCCUCGCUGCCCUGUACGCCAGCCCUCGCAGCCCUGUACGCCAGCCCUGUACGCCAGCCCUCGAAGCCCUGUACGCCAGCCCUGUACGCCAGCCCACGCAUGAAGACAAACCACAGUGUAACAGCACCAACCUAG